UAAACCCACCAGUCUGAGAAGACAAAGACCCCAUCACACUCUCUCAAACACGUUCUCAGACACGCUCUUUGACAACAUGGCUGCCACAUCUCUCCUGCUCCUGCUCAUCACUCUCCUGCCUGCUCCAGGGCUCACAGCCUACCAGGACUCCGGCAUAGUGAAUGGAGCAGAAGCCACACGCCACUCCAAACCCUACAUGGUCUCUGUACAAGCAAAGAAGUCACACAUCUGUGGAGGGUUCCUCGUGUCUGAGAGCUUUGUCAUGACAGCCGCCCACUGCUACAAAUGGGCUGUGAAUCUGACGGUUGUGGUUGGUGCUCAUGACAUCACAAGACAGGAAAGUUCUUCUUACAGGAUUGAUGUGAAAUAUUACCACAUACAUCCUGGUUACAAUGCUAAGACAUUGGAGAACGACAUCAUGUUGUUGCAGCUUGUCAAAACGACCCCGAAGAGCAAAGCUGUGCAGCAGAUCCCUCUCCCUAAGAAAGACCAGGACAUCAAGGCCAAAUCCUUCUGUACCGUGGCAGGGUGGGGUGCCACAGAAACAGGGGGCACUGCAAACCCACGCCUUCUGGAGGUGAAUGUCACCGUUGUAGACAGACGUUCCUGCCAGAGAUCUUGGGGGAACACUGCCACCAUAACCCCGUCUCUGAUAUGUGCCGGUGGUACCGCUGCUGAUUAUAAGGGUGUUUGCCAGGGAGAUUCAGGAGGUCCUCUGGUGUGUAAGGGGACAGCAGUAGGUGUUGUGUCAUUCAACCAGCAAGGAAACUGCAAUGAGCCACAGAAGCCCAACGUCUACACCAAAAUAUCCAAGUAUCUUUCCUGGAUCAAGUCUAUCAUUAAGUAUUAAGGAAUGAGACAUUAACUGAGUGACAAUUAUAUAUCAUUGUAUCAAACAAUAAAGGAUGUCCGUUCUUCAAUGAGCUCUGUACCGUGUGUGUGUGUGUGUGUGUGUGUGUGUGUGUGUGUGUGUGUGUGUGUAUGCUCGAGUAGGAUUAGUGUAUAUGCAUGCACGUGUAUGUUUGUAUUUUAGUUGAUUUUCAGUAACAGCCUCAAGUCAUUUGCAUUUGGAUUACUGUUAGUGCUAUUUGGGGUGUUAAUUGGAUUAAUUCUGACAUUUAUUGAUUUGUUGUGUUUUUAUUUUGUUCAAUUUGUGUACUUGUUUGACAUUUUAUUGCAUUGUUAGGAGCUAGUAACAUAAGCAUUUCGCUGCAUGCGCUAACAUCUGCUAAACUGCGUACAUAACCA